AUGAAUGACUCGACCGAGUUGAAGUGUGCACUUUUCAACGCAGAUGGCUCCACCGCAUUCAAGGAGACCCGUCUCACCAAAGCUGAAGUGGCUCAACAGUAUGGAAUCAAUGGUCGGGACUUACGGAAUGCCGAUCUCGUUUCCGAGGGUAUCCCGCAUAUACUAGUCCGGCCGUCCGCGAUAUUUAUUAGCGUUUUCACCCUUCGUCUGCUAAUCCAGUGUGAUCGAGCUCUACUCUUCCUUCUCGGUUCCGAAACGGAUGGUGUGAAAAUGCAAGAUGUGUUCGAACAUAAUUUACAUAGCAGAGUGCGCACCGAAAAGGGAUCUGGAUUUACGCCUAAUCUUCCAUUUGAACUACGCGUUGUAGAUGCAGCUUUAGCAUCCGUGACUGCAAUCCUUGAGGCUGAGCACUUGAUCCUCCGCGGCGCGGUCGAGAAGCGUCUUGAAGAUUCUAAACAGGAAGAUGUCGUCCACUUGGCUCUACGUGAAUUGCUAGAACAUGGGAAGAAAUUGGCCACCAUUGAGCAACGGGCUCGUCAAGUCCGCUCUGCCCUGCAAGAGCUACUAAAUAAUGACGAAGAUCUCGCAACUAUGUAUUUGACUGAUCGCCAGGCUGGGAAGCCACACGCCAUUGCAGACCACCAAGAAGUCGAAUACCUGUUGGAGGCAUAUUAUAAGAAUGCGGAUGCGAUUGCUGAGUCUGCCGGUGCGCUUGUGGAAGAGGUAAACCGUACUGCAAGAGCCAUCAAGUCAAUAUUGGAUGUCCGGCGAAACCAGAUCAUGAUCUUCGAAGCCCACCUCGAGAUUUGGAUGCUAGGGUUUGCUGUUUCGACUUUUGUGGCUGGCCUCAUUGGAAUGAACGUGGUCAAUUACAUGGAAGAAAGCCCAUAUGCAUUCGUAUGGCUCUCAUCCGGAUGCAUAGUAGCCACCCUACUCAUCUCGAGAAUUGGCAUGUCGAAGCUUAGGAAGUUUCGGAAAAUGCAGCUCUAG